UUAUAUCAAAAUUUAUUAAAAAUAUUUUUCAACUUUAUAUUACUAUUAUUCUAUUAGAACAAGCCCAGAUAUUAUUGUAUUUAGAUGAUUUAAAAAAAACUAAUUUUUCUACUAGAUUUCUUGAAGAAGUGCAUG